AUGAUUGUGGCUGCAAAAACCGACAACUGGGAGUUUAUGAAACUACUUCUGGAACAUGGAGCCCGUGCUGAUAUUGUUGACUUGUAUCAAAGAUCAGUGCUGCAUAUACUUGCUACCAAACAAUCAUUUACAGAUGCCUUGGCGUGUAGAAACCUUGUAACUCUCUGUUUGAGUAGAUGGGCUGAGGUGAACAGCCGAGAGGUGUACGGGAAUUCAGUGCUUCACCUAACUGUGCAGUCCAGACACUGGAUUUUGUUUGAACUGCUGAUAGAUUGUGGAGCAGAGCCUGGACAUGUAGAUAGUGAAGGCUACAACGUUUUCCACAGACUGGCCCUAACUGAAGGAGAAAACACAGAAAACAUAUGUUUUUUGUUUUCACUGUUGUGCUUGAGAUAUUCCUACCUAGAUACUUUGUGUCGAGCGGGUUACACAGUGUUGCACAUGGCUGCGAGUCAGCAGAACUGGACACUCGUCAGACACCUUGUGCAUCUCGGGGCCAACAUAAAUCUUUAUAAUAAAGAUGGCUUCACUGUUUUACACAUCGUUGCCAUGACGACUACUUGUACUCGGAAAGGCGAGCAAAAUGUAACCAAUGAAUCAAUCGAGAACGACCAAACAGAGUUAUUAUCUGUCGUCGAUCUUCUCAUCGAAAAAGGAGCUGACAUUGAGAUAUGCUGUUCGAAAGGGGACACGGCGCUCCAUCUGGUGGCCAAACGGGAAAACUGGAUCAUGGUCAGCUACUUGAUUCAAAGGGGAGCAAACUUGAAUGCGAUGGACAGCAAGGGUUUGCAUGUAGUUCAACGACUCAUUCAGAGCAGAACUGAGACCUCGAACGGUCUUCUGCUUUUUCGUCUUCUUUAUGAAAAAGGUUCUUUAAGCAGCGUGCAGACUUCAUCUAACGAUUCGGUUCUUCACCUUGCUGCCCGACACGAGAAGUGGACGUUUGUUGACCACAUUCUGAGUCACCAGGGGGGAAAUGUGGACGAGCUGGACAGCGAGGGUUUCAGCGUCCUCCACAGAAUGACCGUCAGCAAAGGGAGAACAUUCAAGGAAGGAUGGCGGUGCUCUUAUGUCAGGUCUAUUGUGGGGACGUCUGCAGCUCUUGACAAAUAUCAAACUGUACUUUUCAUCCAUCGGGCUGCUGCUGCUGGAAAUAUCGAUGCUGUAGAUGUAUUGCUCAACAGCUUUGAUGAUGUCAACAGCACAGACUGUAACGGUUUCACACUUCUACACAAAGUGUCCCAGUGCUGUUCGUCAUCGUCAGUGGCUGUCAUUCGAGGUCUUCUCAUUAAAGGAGCAGAUAUAGACAAGAGAUGUCCAGGUGGGGAUACAGCACUUCAGUUGGCGGCUAAGAGUGGUAACUGGCUGAAUGUCAUACACUUAGCACAGUCUGGAGCGAGAAUAUAUUCCCUUGACCACCAAGGAAUGUCUGUCUUACAUCGACUUAUUCAGUAUCUACACCUGUAUUUGAAAUCGCCCGAGAACAUUUUAACCGAAGAAAGUCUCGACGUCUUACUAUUUAUUUUUACCCAAAAUGUGUUGACUAAUCAAAAAGAUCUCCAUGGCAACACUUUUCUGCAUCUGGCUGUCACCCAUAAACAGUGGCACUUGGCAGUAGGGUUGUUAACCAGAGGUGCGUCGCUCGGUGAACGAGAUUCAGAGGGAUACACAACAUUGCACAUACUUGCCCAGAUGCAGCCUUGCCCUAAAGAUGAGAUGGAAACCUGCAGCCUCUUGAAAAUGCGUUACAGUCAUCUAGACAUCCUUGAUUUCAUCGACGGAAGAGUUUUUAUCGACGCUCGUGAUCCCUAUGGUAACACAGCUCUUUUGUUGUCGGCGGAAAACAACAACUGGGACAUCUUCCAAAAGCUGUUAUUGAAAGGCGCAAAUCCUUGUGUAAAAAGCUGCAACGGCGUAACACUUCUGCAUCUUCUGGCGAAAGCAGCAUGGAGUAACGAUGGACGGGGGAGUGAAGGUUUGCUUUGCCAACUUCUUAAAAACCUGAUCUUACAGAAUCUUGAUGUCAGUGCGCGAGACCCAGAAGGCAACACGCCGAUACAAGUUGCUGCUAAGCACGGGAACAUGGACAUGGUGGACCGGCUCUUGGAGUUUCACGACAACGUCCAUGAGACUGACAGCGAGGGCUUCACCUUGUUGUCGAGAGUCGCUCAGAGCUUGUCUCCCAGAUGUGAGGUCAUCGCCUGGCGCCUUUCUCGUAUGGAAACACAUUCCUCAAUAGCAAAGUGUUUUAUUCAAGACAUUUACUUUCAAGAUGAGUGUGGGAUUCAAAAGGAACUUUUGCUUCAGCUAUUUUCAAUGAAAACAAUUGAUAAAUUUGCACACGUACAUUUAGAGGGCAGAUCGUUACUGCAGCUUGCGGUCGCGGGAAGACUGUGGAGAUCAGUUGAAAAGCUACUUGAAGAUGGAGCAUACACUGACCCUGAGCCUCUUCUGGGAGAAUCUGUUUUUCAUGGUUUUGCAGACUGGGCCCUUAUCGCGGGAAAUGAUGAUAUGGUAAUGCACCUGAUGCCUAGCGGAACCCUGAACAUAAACACACGUGACAUCAAUGGUGACACUCCACUAAACAUCCUGGCAAAACAUCGUCUUUGGGAUUGGAUACAUCACUUUGUGGAGCUUGGAGCGGAUGUCAACAUGGCCGACAGCGAAGGGUGGACAGUACUUCACCAGCUAUCCAUGUUAAGUGAGUACCAGAUGGAAGUGAGAGUUAAGAAAUCCAGUUUAUUAAAAUUAUGUUGUGAUAAUGGCGCAAAUAUCAACGUGACCGGCGGUCCGAACAACAGAACGGCUGUACAGAUGGCGCUGGACAGAAAUGCGUGGACUAUUUUCUGGUAUCUGAUACAAUUAGGAGCACAACAAGACUGGACCGAAAAUGAAAAACAUUGGAUUCUUAGAAAUGUGGAUCGUUUACCAAAAAACUGUGCUCUGAAUGAUAAUCUGACAGUUUUCAUAAGGUGUCUGAUAGAACAAAGCUCAAAUCGUACUUUAGUUCACGACAUAGCAAGUCACUCAACCGUGAUGUAUGCUUUACAAACCUGUUUAUGCUCUUCUAAAUGGCGCGUGGCCAAAGUAAUAGUUGAAUGUACUUCUGAAACGGAAAUGAACGACUUGAUGGCUGAGAGGACUUUGAUACAUAAAAUGGUGAUGAGUUACAGAAAGAAAGAUCACGUGAUCUGGGUUUCUCUGCUGGAUGCGUUGCUUGAACGAGGCGUUGACAUCAACAGUCGAGACAGUGACGGAGAAACCGUGUUGACGUAUGACGCGGUUCUACAGAGCCUUGUGGACCACAACACACCGGACUCACUCUUCAGAGUUUUGCUCCAGCGAGGUAUCAGCCCCUUACAUGUAGACAGCAAUGGAUGCUCCUUGCUUGAAUAUGUAAUCAAUCAUGUCCCAUAUAUGUUAACAGCAGUUAUCUCCCUUUUGGAACUAGGACUGGUCUCCCGUCAGAAUCACGAUGAAGAUGAAGAUGACGAUGAAGAUUCAGCCUCACUGACAAGACUGGCAGUUGUAAACAAAAACAUUCCUGUUUUGAAAAUCCUGAUUGAAUGCGACGUCAGCUGUAACUCCGAGCUCCGAGCCCUCAACGCCGAGUAUCAGAUGAAAAAAGCCCGAGAGGCCGAGAGGAACGAACCCUCAGAAGGCCUCGAACAAAUCUGCUUGAUUCUGGAGCAGGCAGCCACUCAGCCCCGAUCUCUGCAGUCUCUCUGUCGGGUCGCCGUGUGUCGCUGUAUACCGUGGGGACUGAGCAGAGGAGACAUGGUUCAGUCCCUCCCCAUUCCGAAAGUGGUGCAAAACUAUCUGCUGUUUGCUGAUGAUAUCUCUCAUCCUGAUGUACAGGCAGGACUUAACGAGGAGGCCACACAGAUCCUUCACACUGUUGGUGACGAUGAUGAUUAUGAUCAGGACGAUGACGACGACAAUUUUAGAAUGUCUCACGGACAGGAACAUUCAACAUGGAGUUGUGACGACGUUCACCUGGACAUCAUGGCGAGAAUUGCAGAGACCUCGGAGCAGCUAAGCUCUGCUGCUGAGGCUGGUAACUGGAAUCUGGUCAGAGAACUCAUUUCUAAUGAGCACAAUGUAGUACUCGCUAUCCAGCAGUCUUGCCUGUUGCAUAAAUUUGCUUCCCUUACAAAAAUUAGUUAUCAGCUUGUGAAAGACAUAUUAAAACAGAUAUUUUCCAAUAUGGAAAGCAGUCAGAAUCUCAAAGUCCAAGCAAAAAAUGCUGCCGUUGAGGCGGCAAGGUGUGGCAACUGGGACACCUUGAUAGUAUUUCUGUGGUCAGUAGAAGGUUUAUUGGAAGAUGACAGCAGCCUUCGGUCAGUAAUACUGACAAUAGCUGAUAGUCAGACUCUCAGGGAGAAACGUUACCUCCAUAUAGACGUUCUCAGUGCAGUCUGGAGAAAUUCAAAGCAGACAAUUCUGGACAGCACAGACAAGACAGUCCACAACACCUUGGUGCAGCUGGCGGCGAAAGUCAACAUGUGGUCACGUGUCUGUGACCUUCUCGUCACCAAGCCUGACCUGAACCUCCUCGACAGGGAUGGUCAGUCAGUCCUACACAGACUCGUCAUGUGUCAUGACAGCAGGUUCGACUCUCUUCUUUCCCGUCUUCUAGAAAAUGGCGCCGAUGUUAACCUUAAGACCGCCAACGGAGACACAGCUCUGCACCUGGCAACCGAACAUCAGAAGUUACGCAAAGUUCAAUAUAUUCUACGCCUUGAACACAACAGUGAUGAGCGUGAGUAUUUGAAAGCUAGGAAUAAAUAUCGAAAUAAGAAUGCGGAAUCCAAGAACAAAGCAUUAGAACUAUUUUUUAAAGAUUGCCGAAAUGUGGACGAUAAAAAUCGUGAUGGAAACACAGCGGCCAUUCUGGCUGCAAGAAUCGAGAACUGGCAUUUCCUCAAACUCUUGCUCAAACAUGGCGCAAAUGUUAAUGUUCUUGACAGUCAUCAGCACUCAGUCCUGCACAUUCUUGCUCUGAAACGACCUUCCUUCUACUGUGAGUCCCUUGCUACUGAGUGUAUCAAGCAUGGAGCCCAAGUGGACAGAGAAGAUGAGAAUGGCCGUUCGCCACUUCACCUGGCGGUUGACUCUCAGAACUGGACUUUAUGUAAACUGCUGAUAGAACACGGAGCAAAUCACGACAUUCGUGAUCAGGACAACAGCAAUGUUUUACACAGACUAACUUUAGCUGACAGCAAACAUGUCGAAGAGGUUAUGUCUCUUUUUUCUCUUCUUCAAUCCCGAGGUGCAAAUAUAAAUGCAACAGGACCCAGUGGCAACACCAUCUUGCAUUUAGCUGCAAAGCAGAGGAACUGGACGCUACUUCAACACUUACUGCACCUCGGAGCCGCCUGUAUAAACUCUUAUAAUGAAAAUGGUUUCACAGUUAUACACAUCCUUGCAUCUGACCCUGUGUUAGAAACUGAUCACACAAAGGUAUUGUCUAUCAUUGACCUUCUUCUCGACAAAGGAGCUGACCUGUCUCUUCCCUGCUCACAGGGUAACACGGCGCUCCACCUGGCGGCCAUGCACAAAAACUGGGUCAUGGUCAAAUACUUAGUUCAGCGAGGGUUAUCCACUGAUGAUUUUUGGAUCAUUCAAAAGCUAAUUCAGUGCAAAAAUGAUACUCAUGAGACAUCCCCACUCUUUAGUCUUCUUUAUAAAAAGGAAUUCUCAAACUUCAGAAAUGCUUCUGGUGACUCCCUUUUGCAACUCGCAGCCAAGCAUGAGAAGUGGGACAUUGUAGAACACAUCUUGAGGCACGAGGGAGGGAAUGUUAAUGAGUUAGACAGUGAGAGCUGCAGUAUUCUUCACAGAAUGGCGACAAGCCGAGGAGAAGCGUUUAAGAAAGGUCAGAAUCAUCGUAAGGUCCUGUUUAUUUUGAAUAUGUCUUCAACUCUCGACAAACAUGAAGUUUUCUUUCUUAUCCAUCGGGCAGCUGCAGCGGGCAAUAUAGAUGUCGUGGACUUUCUGCUCAACAAGUUUGAUGAUGUCAACAUGGUGGAUUAUCACGGGUUCACAGUUCUUCAGAGAGUAAGUCAGUCUUGUGUAUCAUCACCAGUGGCUGUAAUAGAACGACUUGUCAUAAAAGGGGCAGACGUCAAUAAGGAGUGUCUGGAUGGUAACUCUGCGCUACAUCUCGCGGCUAAAAGCAACAACUGGCUGGCUGUCCAGGCCCUUUUAAGUUACGAAACUACAGCCAACAUCUUCGACAACGAAGGUAUGACAGUUCUUCACAGAUUUCUGAGUCGGCCGGACUUGCCAUGUGAAUUGUGUUCUCAAAGUUCUCCAGAUAAUCUUCUGACCAAGAUCUUAAAAAACAAGGCGUUGAUUAACCAGAGAGAUCGCAAUGGCCAUACUCCCCUCCAUCUAGCUGUUAAGUUUGAACUUUGGGACAAGGUAGCUGCUUUGUUGGACAGUGGAGCUUGUGUUAACGAUAAAGACCAAUCAGGAUGCACUGCCCUGCACAUGCUUUCACAGCGCCAAGAUUCUCAAAAUCUCGGUUGUGAAAUGUGCAGAGGUUGGAAACUUCAUUUAGACAGGUCUGAGCUUUUUAUCGACAGUCAAAUCUUUAUUGAUGCUCGUGACGAAAGCGGUAAUACAGCGCUGAUGUUAUCAGCGAAACACAACAACUGGGACAUCACAGAGCGACUUCUACAAACAGGUGCUGACCCCUGCAUACUGGAUAGUAACGGGUUGUCUGUCCUGCAUGUUCUGGCUUCUGUAACUCCGAUAUACGGCAAUAGUUUUUUAACUCAGGAAAUGCAAACAAAUAUUCUGGAACUGUUAAUCUCACGUGAUGCUGACGUCAAUGCCCAUGACCCAGAUGGCAACACGCCGAUACAAGUGGCUGCGAAGCACGGGAACAUGGACAUGGUGGAGCGGCUCUUGGAGUUUAAAGACAAUGUCAACGAGACUGACAGCGAGGGCUUCACCUUGUUGUCGAAAGUCGCUCAGACCUCGUCUCCCAGAUGUCAGGACAUCGCCACGCGACUGUUGGAGAAAGGUGCUGACGUCAACAGGACGUGUCCUGACAUCCAGACUUCAGGCACGACGACACCACUGUUACUAUCUGUCAACUCCAGUAACUGGCCAGUGACAUUAAGUCUGUGUAAUGCAGGUGCUGACAUCGAGGCGUUCUGCAGUUUUGACCAAAUUCUUCACCGACUUAUGCAUUCAAUUACUCCUGAUAAUAUCAGCUUUAUCCUACUGCUGAUAGGCCUUAUACUGGAGGAAAAUGAAGACGUUAUCUUUCAUCGAAGUUCGGAGGGCCAUUCAGUGAUGCAACUGGCUUUCAAUAAAAAACUAUGGGACAUUCUUUGUGAGCUUCGUUGGUAUGACAUAUACCUGGAGCCAGAAGCGCUGGUGGGACGAGAUGUGUUCGAGUACCUGGCAGACUGGGCAAUCCGCUCCGAUGAUCCAGAUUGGAUUUUUUCCAUAAUACAGAAUAUUGAACGUACCUUUAACUUCAUUAACCUACGUGAUCGUAAUGGGAAUACUCCCCUUAACAUCCUAGCAAAAGACUAUAAUUGGUAUUAUGUCAAAUUAUUCGUCGACUGUGGAGCUGAUGUCAACAUGCCUGAUAUUGAGUCCUGGUUACCGUUGCAUAGAUUACACAUGGCAAAGAGUGAAGAGAAUGACAUCUACUUAGAAGUUUGGGAUCUCCUACACGAGCUCACUAAACUAGACAGUGGGAACAUUUCAAUAGGAGGACGUACUCAGUCUUUGGAGAGACCCGUCAGAAGGACAUCGACGUCACGUGCCAACAACCUGUUUGUGUGUGUGUUCAAUGCUCGCUCUGUUCGGAGAAAGUCCAGCUGUAUAAGUAACUUUAUCAAAGAGAAGCAGCUUGACAUCAUGUUCCUGAACGAGACAUGGUUAAAGAUCAGAGGGGAUGAGUUAGUACACGAUGAUAUGACCCCUGAUGGCUACUGUAUGGAAUCCCGUCCCCGUCCAACCACAGGUGGGGGUGUAGCUGUCCUCUGGCGACGAAACAUGUUAUAUCAGAUCGCCGAAUCCUUGCCCUUCUCCAUCACCAGCUUUGAAGUGAUCCAGUUCACGUUGACGGAUCCUGAACUCGUACAUUUUUUCUGCAUCUACAGACCUCCACGAAGCCAGAAAAACAAGAACGUAGUUUUCUUUGAAGAAUUUCCCAAACUGUUAGAUUGGUGUAAAGAGAUCCCUGGGAAGGUUGUCUUGCUUGGAGACUUCAAUUUUCAAUAUGACACACGAUCACAUUCCAUAUCAAUGUGUCGUCUCAUUUCCAAGUAUGGAUUUGAACAGGCGGUCGAACACCCAACACACACGUCACAUCAUAUCAUCGACUGGGUGCUGCACCGACCUGAUGAGAAUAUAAUUCAGUCCUGUUCCGUGACAGACCGUCUCAAGUCUGACCAUUUUGCUGUUCUUUGCUUCCUGAACGUGCCAUCCCCGAAAUGA